GCUGGAGUAGCCACCAUUUUGCAUGUCUAGUGUGUUCCUCCCUCCAUUGCUAACAGAGGCGAAUCCGGUCGUUUUCUGGCACCACUACGGCUCAGAAUGCCAGCUCCGAUUAGACUUCGGGAGCUAAUCCGGACUAUCCGGACAGCACGGACCCAGGCAGAGGAGCGUGAGAUGAUCCAGAAAGAGUGUGCUGCUAUCCGCUCGUCCUUUAGAGAGGAAGAUAAUACAUACCGUUGCAGAAAUGUGGCAAAGCUACUUUAUAUGCACAUGUUGGGCUACCCAGCACACUUUGGGCAGCUGGAGUGCCUGAAGCUGAUCGCAUCCCAGAAGUUCACUGACAAACGGAUAGGUUAUUUGGGAGCUAUGCUGCUGCUGGAUGAGAGGCAGGACGUCCACCUACUAAUGACAAAUUGCAUUAAGAAUGACUUAAAUCACAGCACACAAUAUGUACAGGGUCUAGCCUUGUGCACUUUGGGCUGCAUGGGCUCCUCAGAAAUGUGUCGUGACCUGGCAGGGGAGGUAGAGAAGCUGCUCAAAACAUCUAACUCCUACUUGAGGAAAAAAGCAGCGUUGUGUGCAGUUCAUGUCAUCAGGAAGGUUCCAGAACUCAUGGAAAUGUUCCUUCCAGCCACAAAAAACCUGCUGAGCGAGAAGAAUCAUGGUGUUCUCCAUACAUCAGUUGUCCUCCUCACUGAAAUGUGUGAAAGAAGUCCUGACAUGCUGUCCCACUUCAGAAAGAAUGAGAAGCUGGUUCCACAGUUGGUGAGAAUCCUGAAGAACCUAAUCAUGUCUGGAUAUUCUCCUGAGCAUGAUGUGUCAGGCAUAAGCGACCCUUUCCUGCAGGUGCGGAUAUUGAGACUACUGCGAAUUUUAGGCAAGAGUGAUGACGACUCCAGUGAAGCAAUGAAUGACAUUCUCGCACAGGUUGCAACAAACACAGAGACGAGUAAAAAUGUAGGCAACGCAAUCCUGUAUGAGACUGUACUGACAAUAAUGGACAUCAAGUCUGAAAGUGGAUUGAGGGUCUUGGCCAUUAACAUCCUAGGUCGCUUCCUUCUUAACAAUGACAAAAAUAUAAGAUACGUAGCAUUGACCUCCCUACUAAAGACGGUACAGACGGACCACAAUGCAGUGCAGAGGCAUCGGAGCACCAUUGUGGAUUGUUUAAAAGACCUGGACGUGUCCAUCAAGAGACGUGCAAUGGAACUGAGCUUUGCCCUGGUGAACGGCAACAACAUUCGAGGCAUGAUGAAAGAGCUGCUCUACUUCCUGGACUCCUGUGACCCGGAAUUUAAAGCAGAUUGUGCAUCAGGAGUCUUUUUAGCUGCAGAGAAGUAUGCCCCUUCGAAAAGAUGGCACAUAGACACCAUUAUGAGAGUCCUGACAACGGCAGGGAGCUAUGUGCGAGACGAUUCUGUUCCAAACCUCAUCCAGCUCAUCACCAACAGUGUGGAGAUGCAUGCCUACACAGUUCAGAGACUCUACAAAGCACUGCUGGAUGACAUCUCACAGCAACCUCUAGUGCAGGUGGCAUCCUGGUGCAUAGGAGAGUAUGGAGACCUGCUAGUAUCCGGGCAAUGUGAAGAGGAGGAACCCAUCCAGGUGACUGAAGAUGAAGUUUUGGACGUGCUAGAAGGACUCCUUGUGUCCAACUUGUCCACACCUGUGACCCGGGGUUACUCCCUCACUGCCAUCAUGAAGCUGUCGACUCGCUUCAGUGGUGUGAACCGAAUCAAGAAGGUGGUUUCGAUAUAUGGCAGUAGCAUCGAUGUGGAGCUUCAGCAGAGAGCUGUGGAGUACAAUGCGCUUUUCAAGAAAUACGACCACAUGAGGCCAGCUCUCCUCGAGCGAAUGCCCAUCAUGGAGAAAACCACAUCUAAUGGCCCCACAGAGAUUGUUCAGACAAAUGGGGAGACAGAGCCCUCUGCAGUGGAUCCAAAACAUCCACCUCCUGUCACCCAGCCAGCCAACCAGGCUAAUGAUUUAAUAGUCUUGCUGGGUGGUAAUGAUGUGGUGCCAGUGAUCCAGACUACAAUCCCCACCAAGCCUGCCUCAGCUGGAGGAGAGCUGCUUGAGCUGCUUGGUGACCUCUCGCUAAGUGGAGGUCCAGCCCCUGUCCCUGUGCCCUCCUCCCAACCCCCUUUCCUCUUGGAUGGCCUUUCCUCACAGCCCCUGUUUAAUGACAUUGCAGCUGCAGCUAUUCCUCCUAUGACGGCAUACAACAAGAACGGUCUGAAAAUAGACUUCACAUUUGAGAGAGCUAACCCCAAUCCAAACAUCGCCGUCAUCACCAUCCAUGCUUCCAACUCAACAGAGGCAGAUAUGACAGAAUUUGUUUUUCAGGCUGCAGUACCAAAGACAUUCCAGCUGCAGCUCCUCUCCCCUAGCAGUAAUAUUGUCCCAGCACUCAACCAGGGAUCUGUCACACAGGUCAUCAGAGUCCUCAACCCACAGAAGCAACAGCUACGAAUGAGGAUCAAGCUGACGUACACCCUCAAAGGCUCGCCUGUGCAAGACCUGGCUGAGGUUAAUAAUUUCCCCCCUCAGUCCUGGCAGUGAUGAGCUGCGCCCGUUGCUCUUAAAAGCCCCACCAAGGGAACUAUGAAAACGAUUUUCUUUCACCUCCCUCCUUUCUUCCAAUGGAUCCCCCUGUGACGACAAUGCAGACCGCUGCCCUCGAGUUGCAUGGGAAGCAGCAGAGCAUCUUAACACAGGGGAAAAAUACAGAUAUUACGAAGACCCUGUCGACUAUUGCCAUCACCAGAAUAAUUGGGGAAACAUAUCAAUCAAUGAACUUUAUCUUCUCUUUUCUUAAUCGGUUUCCAUGAUCUCUUUGCUUAGUCGUACCCUUUUCCACAAACACCCCCCCCCUCACCCUGCACCAUCACCACCCACAAAAGCACAUACAGUAUGCACACCAUUCACUGUGGUACACCUUACCACUCAAGUCACUGUUGAGAAAACGCGUUGCCUAUCACAAGCAAUGCAAUAACCUUGGUUUUACUUUAAUUUAUAAUUAAACUUAAAAUAAACACGUCGCUCCAUUAUUCAUGAUUGGCUUUGCAUUCAGGCUUCAUCUAUGAACCUUCAGUCCUGUGAUGGCAGCGGAGAAAAUCUUUGAAAGGUCUAUUUAGUUCAGUCAUAAACUCGUUGGGGGAAAUAUCUUUCUUGACCCUCCAUAUCAUAAGUGAUAUAACUUGUCAGAGAGUUGUAUACAUUUUGAAUUACAUUAAUUUGCUUAAAGCAUGUUUGAGCAUUGUUAGGAUCACAAUCACACCUUGACUCGAGCUCGGGGGGAUUCUCUGGUAGUAGAUCUCUUUAUCCUAUGUUUCUAUAGGAAGUCGUCUACAUUUGUGUUGUCGCAAUGGGCACUAUGGGCAUGAAGCGAUCCGAGAUGCCCGGUUUGAUCACCUGCGGGUAGAGAAGAUACUCAGUCCACACAGCUCUCCUGAAAUCAUCUCAUCUGUAGCUUUAGUUCUAGAUGUGUAUAUUAAAUUCAACAGAUAAUUGCUUUGCAUAGUUUGAGGCUGUUCACUCAUUAGGAUGGAGUUAAUCCAUGCCUGAAAUUUAUCUGAAGACAUGUUGAUUGCAUUUGUGUUGGGGUUCUAUGUUUAAACCUUUCCUGCAUCUUUGUCCUCACAGUCUAGCUUGCUUGCAAUUUGGACACAUUUCAGAUUAAUUUAACCUGGUUGAACUUGGUCACCAUGCACAUACAUGUAAAUGAAGCUUGUUAUGAAUGUAGUUACAUGCACUGAAUGCUUUUUUCUCUCCUCUCUCCCUCAAGUCUUCUUUUUCAUGGCUGUCUUCUUUGAUGGGGACGCUCAUCUUAUUGGCACUAUUUUUGUGAAACUUUUAUUUCUGCUGUAAUUUGACUUAAUUAUUUAUGCCUGAUAUCGAAGUGAUGUGCCUUUCUGACUUAGCUAGAUAAAAGCCCCUAAGCUCUUGAGUUCUGUAUGAGCUUUGUAAGUUUGCUUGUGUGCUGAUUGUGUUUUCAAUCUGAGAGAAAUGGUCCCUGAUUGUUUGGAAUUGAUGUAUCACUUCAUCACAGAAGUUUUACGUUACAUACUCGGAUGUUCACAGUUUGGAUUAGACAAAAAACUUAAAUUACAGCUUCAAGAGCUUGAUCGUCCCCCCCUAUACUGUGUGGCAGAAUUAAAAAAAAUACCAAUUGGAUAUUAUUAAUAAAAAGUCCUAAAAACAAGGAAAAUCUUCUAGACUAUGGCAGCUAUUAGAUGUAAACUUUUCAUAAGCUGACAUCGAUGUUUAGAGUGUUUUUAAAAAAUAUAAAUGUUCUACUGAAGUGAAGCGUCAUCGUCGACAAACAUUGAAGUGAGUGUGGAUCACAUGGUGAGGUACGGGUUGUUCUGUGGUGACUGUUGGUGUGAUUACUUUGUUCUCGUCUUCUUUAAAUCAGAUUCUGACCACGCUGUCGGCGACAGUAACCCUAAUACCUCACGAUGUUCUCUCUUUCUGUUAACCUUCAGUGGCAGUAGAGUGACUGCUUUGUUUAGUCAUGAAUUGCAAUCAAGGGGAGCGUCUGCACGAGAGUAACUAUUGGUAGUGUGUACGUCCAUUACUUAACAAGCUGAGCAGCCCUGUGAUGCUGUGUUGAGAUCCUCAGAUGUUCAAUCAGGCUGUAUUCUUCUUUUCACUAUGCUUCACGAUCUUCUAACUUCUGUGACCAAAUCAGAGAGGCUAUUAGCUUUGGAAAUAUUUUUGAGCUAUGAUAUGUGUAUAUGGAGAAAAUUAUUUCAGUUCAACUUUUUUCUGUUGUUGACAAAUGCUAUAUUGGCUUUUUUUCUGUACAUAUUGAGGGCUUUUACAAUUUUGUCUCUUGUACUAUCUUUCAUCCUUUUUUUAGACACCAUUUUCUAAAAUUCAAAAUAUUCCUGAUGUAUAUUGUCUAAAUCGAUCCAGUCAACAUCAGUCUGCGACUUCCCUGUAUCGUCAAUAAUUCAUUGUGAAAGAUAUAUGAUCUGCUCACUGUACAUUGUAUAUAGUUGUAAAACAAACAAAUCUGAUCUGAUUAAAUAAAACCCACAUGAAGAAUUAAAAGAUUAGCUAGGACGUAUAAAUGUAUGCAUAUAUGUACAAAACAGAAUCUUAAAAAAGGAUGCAAUGAGCUACAUUUCACUUGAUUAACUAUUCUUCACACUUCAUUCAUGAUCAGAUGUUUCAUCUUGACUUCUUUUAGGAGGAUAGUCAGCGAGUAGGUAGGCUACUUGUUUGGGUUCCCUUGGAUGUUGAGAUAUGGGUCGAAUCUGUCUGAAUAAUGUACUGUACUACUGAGAAACCUAAGCACAGUGCUGCGCAGCGGCAGAAGUGGCACCUUACUUCAUCUGCUUCCCUGCCCCUCUAACUCUUCAUGUGUCUGUGCCCUCUGUUGAAGAGGAGCAGGUUUCUUGCCAGGAUCUAACUCUUCCCUCUGGCCUUGUGUGCGGUUUGGUGUUCUCUUCUCUCGACAAUUCACAUCACUAUAACUGUCAUCUACCUACAAAUUGAUUUGUGAAUUGAUGCCCCUCGUUUACGUGGCUCUUCUCAUUGAUUACAAGGUUGCCUUUUUGUCUGGCAUGUAGCACCUUCAUACAAGCAUCAUGUCUCAAGGCCACAUGAGGAGGUUUCUAUCCUCACUGAUUUCUUUGGCCACAAUAUGGCCAGUGGGUUUGAAUUGGAAUUGAGUUUUAUCACGACAAGAGCCGAUACUUGUGCUGUUUUUUGUGUCCUAAGUGGUUCCUCAUAUGCAUGUUUGGAGUGACCGUGUCCUUCCCUUGGUCUGAACAGUGCAGGGUUUUCUUUUGACUUCCUUUCUUUACUCUCAUCCCUCUAUCACCUCUGCAUGACACACCUUGCAGCUUCUUUGUUGCUAAAAUAAAAGGUGGGGCUGUAACCCAUCAUAUCAGAAUAAUCUGAGCCCUCACUAUUUUAGCACAAUGUGUAGUAGGAAGGCAAUGGAUCAAUUCUUUUUGCUUUUUUGUUUUGUUUUGUUUUUGUGGAGUGCUGCUCAGAACAAGCCUGUGCUACAAGAUAAUAACCACAAGGGGGAGCUGUGCAAAACGGAAGGCUUAUAGGAUGGGAAAGGAAGUUUCAUUACAUCUAUUCCUGAAUGUUUUUGUUGGUGUUGUUUGUAUUGUCCUAUUCAUCCAGUAUGUACCCUUGUUAAUCACAUCUGAUCUGAGUUCUUUCUAAUGAAACUGUAAUCCAUGGCGUUUUAAAUGUAUAAAUGGAAAUGAACCCAACAUAAGUGCUUUGGACAGUGUAACUUAAAAGGAAGAAAAGAAACUGAAACAAAUACCCAUCAGCGGUGUGAUCAGCGUUUGAAGUUAUAUUACUGUGUGUGUGCGUGUGCGAGUGUGUGAGAGAAGAAGAAGUGAUGUCCGAGAGACGGUGUGUGACAUGUCUUAUCUAGAUAGGACAUGAUUUUUUUUUUUGGGCUGCAAUUUCAACUUUCAGCUUCUGAGCUGCAUGUGAAAACCAGUGUAAAUAAUGUCAUUUCUACUCUUGGCCUGAGAUUCUUUUUGAAAUGCAAGACAAGUUCAAACUAUAAAAAUUGGUCACACCACCUUCAUGGGUCAGGACUAACAUGUACAAUAGGAUGUUGUUCAGAUAGUGCUCACAAUACUGUUAAUGUUUUUAAGAGGGUGUUGAAAGUACACAUCCAUCAUUUGGAUUAUUUGGAAAACUGUUUUUUGUUUUUUUUAUUUGUUGGGUGGUGAAUUCAGUGUGUUAAGGGCUUGGAAGAGCAUCUGAAUUGCGACCAUGUUCAGUUUCCCUGUUCAAACAAACAAUGCAAACAUUGUAUUUUGAAAACAAAAUGUUUGUUACCCCCCCCCAGGCCUGUCCUGACUGUAAAACAAUAUGGUAUCUGAUUUGUCGGGGGGGAGGGUGGAGAUGUAAGGUUCACUUUUUUCCAGUCGAGUUGACAUGUUGAACUGAACAGCAGUUCCAUGGAUUCAAGGUGAGUGUGAAUGUCAGACUGAAAGUAUGAAAAGAUGAUUAAAGAUGAGAAGUUGUAAACUAUUAAAUGGGAUAUUUUCAAUUUAUGCUGUGUAUUCUUGUCUUUGGGUUGGAGAAAAUGAUCAAGCGAAUAAAGUCAAAUAAAAAUCUAGUUGAACUAUG